AUGCCAGAGAAGGAACCGUCCAAGUACUUAACUGCUACUCUUCUUCCGUAUCAGCGAGAAGCUCUGGCUUGGAUGGUCGGACAGGAGGAAAGCAGCUACAAAGGCGGCAUUCUAGCAGACGAAAUGGGGAUGGGGAAGACCAUUCAGGCCAUCUCGCUCAUGCUGGAAAAUGGUCGUGAAAAGCCCAUUGGAAAGCCCGUUAACAGCCGAAACUCGCAGACUGUGUAUGGUGGAACUCUCGUUGUUUGCCCUCUCGUUGCCGUCAUGCAGUGGAAGAGCGAGAUUGAGCGGUUUGUGGAGCCUGGUCAUCUGUCCGUGUACAUUCAUCACGGCUCUAAACGUCUGAACUUGGUGGAAAGGAUUGCUUCAUAUGAUAUUGUGCUGACGACGUACUCCAUUAUCGAAAGUGAGAUCCGUAAAACACUCGGAUGGUUGAAAGUUGCGUGCAAGUUUUGUGGUAAAAAGUAUUUGCCAGACAAGUUGGUGUCGCACUACAAGUACUUUUGCGGACCAGGUGCCAGGAAGACAGCGUUGCAGAAUAAGCAGCAAAGGAAGAAACCCAAAAAGAAAGCUGCUGGUGAGAGCAGUGAAGAGGAAGGCGAUGACAUGAAGCAAGCAGCUCGAAAACCUAAGGGUCCAGCGAAGAAGAAUGAUGAGAAAAAGCCGACACUCCAGAAGACAAAAGGCAAGUCGCCUCUUCAUCAGAUCCAGUGGACGCGUAUCGUUCUGGACGAGGCGCAUUACAUCAAGGACCGAAAUUGUAAUACAGCGCGUGGUGUCUUCGAGCUCAAGUCAACGUACAAGUGGUGCUUAUCUGGCACUCCUUUGCAGAACCGUAUUGGCGAGUUGUUUUCUCUUGUUCGGUUCCUCCAGGUAAAGAAGUACGCAUACUACCACUGCAACGUGUGUGACUGCCAAAUGCUGGACUACAAUUUCCCAGAUAAAAAAUGUGUACAGUGUACACACAGCGCCAUCCAGCACUACUCGUACUUUAACAAAAAGGUCGUGAUCCCGAUCCAGGCUUACGGCUACGUUGGCGAGGGCAAGCUUGCAAUGCAGCGAUUGCAGAAUGACGUUCUCCAGCAUAUUCUACUACGCCGAACGAAAGAAGGACGUGCAGACGACAUUUCACUUCCGCCUAAACUCGUGAGAAUCCGAAAGGAUAGACUGGAUGAGCGUGAAAAUGACUUUUACGAGGCUAUCUAUACACAGAGUCAAGCGCAGUUCAACACGUACGUGUCGUCUGGGACUCUGCUGAACAACUACGCCCACAUCUUCGACCUCCUCAUUCGCCUUCGCCAAGCCGUGGACCACCCGUACCUCGUAAUUUACUCCAAGACAAACCCAGCACUCCAGCUCCCCAGUUCAGCUGCUCCGUUGGACGAGCGAUCGUGUACAAUCUGCCACGAAUACAUGGAAGACGAGGUCGUCGCGAAAUGUGGACACGAAUUCUGCCGCGAGUGUGUGAAGGAGUUCAUCGAGUCACUUCCAGCGGGCGCCGAGGCGACAUGUCCAACGUGCUUAAAACCGCUGACAGUCGACUUAUCUCCGCCGGUGCAAGAAGUCAAACCUCUUUCGAACGAAGAGACCAGCACGCCGAGUAGCCGGUCACCGAAGGCUGUAAAUCUGUCCAGCUUUCAUCGGAAUAGCAUUCUUCACCGAAUCUCCGACGUCCACGCUUUCCAGUCCAGUACCAAGAUUGAAGCGCUGAUGCAGGAACUGGAGCUCAUGCGCGCUCGUGACCCGUCCGGGAAGGCCAUCAUCUUUUCACAGUUUGUCAACAUGCUCGAUAUCAUCCAACACCGCCUGCAACUCGGUGGGGUCAAGUGCGUUAAACUAUCAGGCAACAUGAGCAUGAGUGUGCGAGACCGAACUAUCAAGGCCUUUCGAGACGACCCAACAGUGACUGCGUUCUUGAUCAGUCUCAAGGCAGGCGGCGUCGCACUCAACCUGACUGUCGCAUCGCACAUCUUCUUGAUGGACCCGUGGUGGAACCCUGCGGCAGAAAAUCAGGCCAUCGAUCGUACGCAUCGAUUGGGUCAGUUCAAGCCGAUCCAGGCCACUCGCUUCAUCAUUGCUGGCACCGUUGAGGAACGCAUUCUGAAGCUUCAAGAGAAGAAGCGACUGAUCUUUGAAGGAACCGUUGGGGCCAACGUAAGCGCUAUCUGCCGUCUCACCGAGGAAGACUUGCGAUUCCUCUUCGCGACGUGAACAGGGGGAUGCUGCUGUUCACGGUGGUAGUUUGCUGUAUUUCCGAGAUAGUUAUCGUGCUAAAAGCUUAAGCUAAUCAAAGUUACACAGUGAGCAGGUA